AUGACAGAAUACAAAUUAGUUAUUGUUGGUGGUGGUGGUGUCGGUAAAAGUGCCUUAACCAUUCAAUUAAUCCAAAACCAUUUCAUUGAUGAAUACGAUCCAACUAUCGAAGAUUCAUACAGAAAACAAGUUACCAUUGAUGAAGAAACUUGUUUAUUAGAUAUUUUAGAUACUGCUGGUCAAGAGGAAUACUCUGCAAUGAGAGACCAAUAUAUGAGAACUGGUCAAGGUUUCCUUUGUGUCUACUCUAUCACUUCAAGAUCAUCAUUUGAUGAAAUUGCAUCAUUCCGUGAACAAAUUCUUAGAGUUAAGGAUAAGGAUAGAGUACCAAUGAUUGUCGUUGGUAACAAAUGCGAUUUGGAAUCUGAUCGUCAAGUCACAACUGGUGAAGGUCAAGAUUUAGCAAAAUCCUUCGGUAGUCCAUUCCUUGAAACCUCUGCCAAGAUUCGUGUCAACGUUGAGGAAGCUUUCUAUUCACUCGUACGUGAAAUCAGAAAAGACCUCAAGGGUGACUCUAAACCAGAAAAAGGCAAGAAGAAGAGACCAUUAAAAGCUUGUACUCUUUUAUAA